AUGACGGACAGCGCCGGCAACACCGGCGCCAGGAAGGGAGCUGCAAUUCAGCUGACUCCAGUGGAGGCUUUCCGGGCGUGUGUGCUUCUCGAUGAAGCGCUGAGGCAAUUGAGUUUCGUGAGCAAGCUGGGGCCUGCCGGUCACACGGUCAAAAGAGAUGAACUAUCUUUGUCAAAGGGCGACGAGAUCGUGCGCAUGAUCCAAGAACAGAGCGGCCUGCAGGAAAAAUUUAAGGUGUUGACAGAAGAGAAACAGGCUUUGAGGGGUUUGAGCAACAUCGAAAAGCUGAAGAAUGUGGAAAAUGAGCUGCAAGAGAUUUCCACGAAGAUGCGGGAAGCAAACAAAGAGCUCUGCCGUAGCUUGCGGCAAAACCCCAAUAUUCAAGAGAAUACCGUGAAACUGCAACUGGAAAGGCAGAAAGUGGAGGAAUGGUACGCCGACGUACGAGACGAGCUCAAAAAGGCAUACACUUUCAAGUCACUGCAGGAUAGGGUGGCGACAGAAAAACACGAGCAAGAGAGGCUCAGUGAGGUGAAGAAAAGGACGAGGGAGUCAAUGCAAGCUGUACGGCUCCUUGAGGCAGAGUUGAAGAAGGAAACUGCGGAGUAUGAGAGGGACAUGAAGCAGACGAACGCCGAGAUCUCCACGCUAAAGGAAGAGCUCCAGCAGAGCAGGCUGAAGUCUUCGCUUAAGUUGUCGUUCGAAGAAAAACAACUGGCAGCUCAAGAAGAGGCCCUGCUCCGAGUUUUCCAGAAGAAAGAAAUCGAGCUUCAGAGCCAACUUGAGAAAGAGCAUGAAGAAGCGUCUGUCGAGGAGUUCGCUCACACGCAGGUUUUAAAGUUCUCCAAGGAGUAUAUUCAAAAAGUCCAAGAUGAAAGGCAAGCAUGGCACGAACGAUUCGCCAAGGAAACCGAGGACAAACAGAGGGAGCUUACAGCUCUUUUGAAGCACCAGAAUUCUAUCAUGCGCACGCUUGCGGUCGCCCAACAACGCCUGGAUGAAGACCAGGAGCGCAGAGACGCGGAAGAGAAGGCGGCGAUCACCAAGGCAGCGCUUCUAGUCGAGAGAGCGAAACAAGACGACAAGCUUAAGCAAGCAGCCGUCACUAUCCGGCACUUUGCCCGUGUAUUCCUGAAAAACAUUCAAGAAGUGCUUCAGGAGUCAAGCAAAGGCAAAAAGAAAGGGAAGGACAAGAAGGGGAAGUGA